AUGACGUCGACGCCACUCGAAUACACUAAUUUUGAGCCGUCAACGCACCUUGAAUGUUUUCAGGCCUUGGCGGGUGGUACUGGAGUAGAUCUGGACACAUCCCAUGCUUCUACUCAUAUUCUGGGCGGGUUAAGCCUAAACGGCGUUUUUGAUUUAUACAACAUCUCUCCUACCUCCUAUCCGCUUGCGAACGCCGGGACUCCCCUACCUGGUAUAUCUCCUUCAUCAGAGGGUGGUUGGAACCACGUUGGAUAUUCCAACGUAGAGUCCGUUGCUCUCACGCAACGUAGCCCUUCGCGCUUUUUGAGCGUGCCUGCAUUAGUUGCAAGAGACUUCCCGGCGGUAAAUCAUAGACACCCUCACUUGCGUGAUCCAAAACUUUUGGCCGACCCAUUUCAACAAUGGAGAUUGCAAAAAUGGCGCAACCUCCAGAGUAACAAACCUCCGUACGUGGCUCAAAGGUUGCUACAGCUCGAUCUCAGAAAGCCUAGAAAGAAUCUGCAACCUCAGUCUUGUUCCCUUUAUGAACACCAAGGGCAGGCCUUACAGCCUGGUUCCGGAUUCCGUGUGUCCGAACCAAUGAAAGAGCCAGACCUGGUAUCACAUCAAUACCGAAAUUGGAUGUCACGUUCGACUAUGGGAAACAACUUCAACAGCCCUGGUGUAGGCAUCUUACCCAACCUAAAGAUAUUUCAUAACAUUGAUUUCAAUAUUAAGGAGAAGCAUGACUCAAAUUUUCUCCCAGAGACAUUCUCCGAAAAUGUUGCAUACCAAUACCCAACUGAGGAACCAACAGGCGACCCCAAUGCUAUAGAUGCUUUAGAACCAACUGGGGUCAUCGGACAUGGUUUGAAACGAAGAUCCUCUGGUGAUAGGGUAAUCCGCUACUUGAAACGCAAAGUAAACACUAGAUCUGAGGCUCAAGGGUGUCUGGUCAACUACCGAAAAGGAGGACAACCCUUUCUAAAUCUCCUUUCCGUAGUCCCUAUCCAGUGGCUUUCGGAAGAGUAUAACUAUUAUGUUGGGUUUCAGGUAGAUCUGGUAGAUUCUCCACAGGUCGUCACCGGGAAAAACUUUGAUGGGUCGUAUAUAAUUGACUACCGAAGAAUGGAGCUUUCACCAAAUAUAUACGACCAAGGAGUCUUAACCGGUUCGCAAAAUAAACACUUAUCCUUCGAAUAUCCAAAUCGUGACAUCGUCACUACCGCUAAAGCUAAGCACCUAAGACGUUUCUCUUUUGAAAACCCUUGGGAAAAAGCGCUUCUAGGAAGCUCGGAAUUCUUAUUCCACAUAAUAUCAGAAACUGGGGUAUUUUUAUACUUCACACCGUCAGCGUCCACGAUUCUGGAAUACGAAUCUAAAGAACUGAAUGGAUCAACUCUAUCCUCAAUCUGUCAUCCUAGUGAUAUAGUUACUGUGAUAAGGGAGAUUAGGAGCUGUGAGCCAGGUUCAGUCGUGAAUCUCCUCUAUCGCAUUCGAAGAAAGAAAAGCGGCUACACAUGGUUCGAAAGUCUGGGUUCGGUAUACAUUGAGUCUCCGCAAAAAAAGAAAUAUAUAGCUUUUCUCGGAAAACUGCUGGUGGUCUUUGCCAUCUCCCGCGAUGAGUUAAUGAAGAAUAGUGGCAUGAACGAGGGCGAGAUUUUGGCGAAGAUCUCACCUUCGGGAAUUUUACUUUUUGUUUCGUCCAGCGGAAGCGCUUUUCUGGAUAGGCCGUCUGAAGAGUUAGUGGGAGAGAAGGUCCAGAAUCUGCUUAGCGGCGAGUCACGAGCAGAAUUUGAGAAUGCAUUGGGCAUUGCGCGGAGUGGGAAACAAGUCGCUUGUAAACAUGGAUUACAGCAUCGUCGAGGUCAUUUACUACAAGUACAAAGCACCAUAUACCCAGGUGAAGGACCUGACGCAGCUUUGAAGCCUACAUUUCUGAUUUUACAGAUUCGGCUCCUGAAGUUAGGGAGAACAAUAUUUGGUUUCCGGGCGAAUACGGUCACUGCGAAGACACGAAAGAAGGACUCCAGUGCCCUAAUGAUUCGCCAGCCAGUCUCACCAGACCUAUAUUCGCGUCCAUCUCCAGAUUUAGCCGACCACAGCCGCAGCAAUCAAAAUAGCAUGUCCUCCUCGUCCUCCUCCUUUAUUACAAGGCAGCAAACCGCCACGCGACCAUUACUUAGGCCGAACCCGACCCAUAUCGCAACAUUCAAUACACAUUCCUCUGAUCCUUCCCGGUUCGGCAACCGGCAGGAACAAGAGUGGGUGGAAAAAGAAAUUAGAGAAAGCUGCAACAUCUUCGAAGAACUGAACCCGACCCGCGCCACAAACUGGCAGACGGAGCUAGAUCAUUUGAGAAAACGCAACAGGUUGCUUGUCGAGGAGUUGCAUUAUUUAACCGCAUUGAAAAGGAAGCGAAAGCGGAAAAGGGAUGUUGAGAUGCCUGAGAAAGACUGCUCGCAGUGCCAUACGAAGACAACACCAGAGUGGAGGAGGGGUCCCAGUGGGAGUCGGGAUUUGUGUAAUAGCUGUGGAUUGAGGUGGGCUAAGCAACCGAAUAACCGCAUUGCCCCGUAA